AUGUCCAACUUCUUGACCCAGUAUUCCUCGGUAAGAAACAUUCCGAAGUCAGAGGAAACACUGGCCCUGAUCAAGCAGGGCGAGAAGGAAUCCCUGAAGGCUUUCCUUAACCGCUUCAACAAAGAAGCAGGAGACAUUCCGGACCUCCUCCUUCAGGUCCGCCUGAUCUUGGUACGACAAGGGCUUAGGCCAGGUCCUUUCCUAACUUCUUUGGAUGGAAAGAAGGCCCGGACACUGGAGGAAUUCCAGACCCGAUCAGAGAAAUAUAUUAACAUGGAGGAGGCAGCAACAUUAAGGUCCACCAAUCAAAACCCGGGCCAUCGACCCUCUGAGAGAACCGGAGACCCGGGUGAACCUAAGCGCGAUCGCGAACAGCGACGGAAGAGCCAGGAUGAGAAAAAGCAGAAGCGGAAGAAGUUCGAUAGUUACACCCCCCUGAACUCUUCCCUCUCCCGCAUCUUGCGGGAGAGAGCCUCUACUGAUCUCAGGGACAAACCUCCCCCGCUACUCACACGGGGGGAUAAGUUGGAUUCCAAGAGGUUUUGCGAGUUUCAUGACAGCCCCGGUCACAACACGGACGAAUGUCUGAACCUGAAAGACAAGGUGGAAGAGCUGGUUAGAAUCGGGAGAUUGUCAAAGUAUGUUGCCAUCUCCUCAGGCAACCCCCCUCGUCCACGUUCGCCACCUCCCAGACGAUCACCCACCCCACCCAGGGCCCGGGCCCGGACCCCCCCCAGGAAUCGUGCACGUACACCUCCUCGAGGAAGGAGCCCCCGUCAUAGAACCCCCGACCGGCGUAGGAGUCCCGAACGCCGUAGAAGUCCGGAUCGGCGCCGCUCUCCAGACCGGCGGGACCAAGAUGAUGUACGACGACGCCACGGGACCAACCUGGUCGACGUCGGCUCGAUUGCUGGAGGAUGGGCAGCAGGUGGACCGUCAAACAACAGUCGGAAGAAAAGCACUCGAGUUAUCAUGUCAGCCGCUGGGAGGCCUCGUCCUAACUCCCUUCGUACGCCGCAGCAGAAAGUUCCCAUCACCUUCACAGAAGACGACUACGGCUCGGACACCGGCGAGGAGGACGACCCGAUCGUCGUAGAAGCCCUCAUCGCAAACGGUAAGGUACGGCGGGUACUCAUCGAUACAGGUAGUUCUGCUGACAUUAUGUUUUACGAUGCUUACAAAACCCUAGGCUUAUCUGUGAAAGACCUGAUCCCCUAUGACCAUGACCUGAUCGGGUUCACUGGGGACAGAGUCCUACCCUUAGGGUAUUUUGAUGCAUACCUCUCCCUAGGAGACCCUAAUGUUUGCAGGACUAUCAAGGCCCGAUUCUUAGUGGUGAAAUGCCCAACAGCCUACAACGCCAUCAUCGGCAGACCAAGCCUCAAUGUCUACCGAGCCAUCAUCUCCACCCACCACCUGAUGCUGAAAUACCCGUGGGCCGGUAAGGCAAUUUCCGUACGCGGAAACCUAACCAUGGCCAGGGGGUGUUAUAACUCUAGCUGCAGAUUGGCGCGUGAGGAUCGCAAGAGGAAAGAACCCGACCGAGGUAAAAGGGUCGAAAACUUCCAUCUCCGAGCAGGAGCGUGUUUGGCGGACAUCGAUCCACGAGUGGACCAAUCCAGAGAGGACCAACGUCUAAAGCCGGACGGGGAAGCACGGUCAGUCCAGAUCGGCCGUGGCCUCGAGCAAACCACCAAACUGGCGCGAGACCUCCCUCAAGAUCUUUCCAACCGACUGGAGACCUUCCUGAGAAGCAACGGGCAUCUAUUUGCGUGGUCGUCCGCAGAUAUGCCGGGCAUCGACCCGGCAUUCUGCAGUCACAAGCUAUCAGUAGACCGUAGAUUCAAGCCAGUGGCCCAGAAGAAGAGGCAGAUGAGCGCGGAGAAACAGGAAGCAAUCAAGGAACAGACAACGGAACUUCUGAAAGCCGGGAUCAUUCGCGAAGUCAAGUACACCACUUGGCUUUCGAACGUGGUCCUGGUUAAGAAAUCCAACGGGAAGUGGAGGAUGUGCGUGGAUUACACGGAUCUGAACAAGGCCUGCCCUAAAGAUCCCUUCCCCCUCCCCAGCAUCGACGCCCUGGUGGACAACUCCUCUGGGUACGAAUACUUGUCCCUCAUGGACGCGUAUUCUGGGUACAACCAGAUUCCGAUGUACAGAGACGAUGAAGAGAAGACCGCUUUUAUAACCGAUCGGGGGACGUAUUGCUAUACUAUGCUCCCAUUCGGCCUGAAAAACGCAGUGGCCACCUACCAACGAAUGAUGACCAGAAUCUUCGGGGCGCUGAUCGGGAAGUCAGUCGAAGUCUACAUCGUGACAUCAUCGUGCAGCCGAUCUGGCCGUCGUGUUUGA